CGGGGAAGCGGCCUUGAAUCACCGGCGGGUGCCCGUCGGCUGGCCUCCAGCAGGGCAUUUAAAUGCCAGCCGGGAUUCAGCCCGAAACAGCGCCAGCCGCCGCAGCAAAAGAGCCGGCCCGACCGCGCCCCUCCCGCUCCGAGAGGAACCCGCCCGGUCGCGUCCCGCACCGCCAGCCAGCCAGCCAACCAAGCGAGCACCCGGCCGGCCGGCAACUCUUGCUUCGCCUCCUCCGCCUCUCCCGGCUUUCGCACAGCAGCCAUGCGGGCCAUCCCUGCGCCGGGCAUCCGCUUCCUUCGCUCCUUCUCCAGGGACAGCUGGUACCGGGGAUUAAUUCUGGUGCUAACGUUCCUGUGCUACACUGCUUUUCAUCUCUCACGGAAACCCAUUAGCAUUGUAAAGAGCGAACUGCAUUAUAACUGUUCUUCACUGGGAUUCAGGCCAAACAAUGCGUCCAACAGCACCACGUGGUGUGAUUGGAAGCCCUUUGAUCAGGAUAACUACAAGGAACUGUUUGGAGCCCUGGACAACGCUUUCUUGGUUGCUUAUGCAAUUGGGAUGUAUAUCAGUGGGAUUUUCGGUGAGCGUCUUCCUCUGCGCUACUACCUUUCUGGAGGCAUGUUGCUGAGUGGUUUAUUUACUGCCUUAUUUGGAUUGGGCUACUUCUGGAACAUCCAUCAGUUAUGGUACUUUGUGUUUGUACAGAUCCUGAAUGGCUUGGCUCAGACGACCGGCUGGCCAUCAGUGGUGACGUGUGUCGGUAACUGGUUUGGAAAGGGGAAGCGAGGUUUAAUCAUGGGCAUCUGGAAUUCACACACAUCUGUUGGGAACAUCUUGGGGUCCUUGAUUGCUGGCAUCUGGGUCUCCAAGGCAUGGGGACUGUCCUUCAUUGUACCUGGAAUCAUUAUAGCCUUCAUGGGUGUUCUCUGCUUCCUGUUCCUCAUUGAAUAUCCAGAAGAUGUUGACUGCAGCCCUCCUCUUCACCAUGAGACCAGUUCUGAUGAGAAAGGUCUGGAGGCAGGACACUCCAUCAGUGACAGGAGCCUGAAUGUUUCUACCAACAGCCAAGAAAACAUCAUUGACAUGGCGGAACAUGCCAAAGACUCUGGGGAGGACCGAGAAGCCAUCAAUUUCAUUGAUGCCCUCAAGAUACCUGGAGUGAUUGAAUUUUCCUUCUGCCUCUUGUUUGCCAAACUCGUCAGCUAUACCUUUCUUUAUUGGUUGCCUCUCUACAUCGUGAAUGUUGCUCGCUUAAGUGCAAAAGAAGCUGGAGAUAUGUCAACUCUGUUUGAUGUUGGUGGCAUUAUUGGGGGCAUUGUGGCUGGUCUCAUCUCAGACUAUACUGGUGGCAGGGCCACCACUUGCUGCGCAAUGCUUAUCCUGGCAGCUCCCAUGCUCUUUUUGUACAACUAUGUUGGCCAAAAUGGACUAGGUACAUCCAUAGCCAUGCUCAUUAUCUGUGGUGGCCUUGUCAAUGGACCCUAUGCUCUCAUUACAACUGCUGUGUCAGCUGAUUUGGGUACUCAUGAAAGCCUCCAGGGAAAUGCGAAAGCUCUUUCCACAGUCACAGCCAUCAUUGAUGGAACAGGAUCUGUAGGGGCUGCUCUUGGACCUUUGCUAGCAGGUCUGAUCUCCAGCUCUGGCUGGGACAAUGUCUUCUAUAUGUUGAUUUCAGCUGAUAUUUUGGCAUGUCUGCUCCUUUCACGAGUAGUAUUCAAAGAAAUUCGAGAAUGGUGUGGCUGCUAUACAAGAAAAAGAGGGUCAAUCACCAUUUUUUGAACAGUUAUGCUCUGGGGCCAUAAAUCCCGCUUUAAAGAAUUCUGAUGUGGUCUGCCUGGCCAUUGGAGUCCAUUGAGGCAAGAAGAAAACAGCAUUGCCAAGAAGGUUGGUUUGUUGCCCCACCCACAUAGCUCAUGUGGGAUGAAUUAAUGAUGCUCUCAUGUGCUCCAGAGACAAAACUCUCCUACAAAAAAGCUAGCCUGGUCAAUCACUGGCUUCACCUUCAGUUUUUUAAAAUGAUUGGCGAUGGAAAGCAGGGAGAAAAUACAACAAGAGAAAAAGAAUGGGCAUAUUUGGGAUCCAGGUGGAGUCCCCAGACCUUGGUUUUUCUAUCAGUUGCCAGAUGCAUUCCAAUUUUUUAUAAUAUUAAAAACAGAGGAGCAAUCCAGGAUUCAUUUCUCUACCUGGAGGAAGAAAAAGCUUCAGUUUUAAUUGCUGCUUCUUCCACAGUCCUAUUUUUCAUUUCUGGAGAUGUUUUUAUUUUAUGCAAAACCACUGCCAAGUGUUUAAUUUGAAUUACAAGGACAACCCAGGGAAAAGAGGUUUCCUCUUAAGCCAAACACUUUUUUUAUACUAAAAAUUGUGUGUUAAUGACAGCUAUUUCUACUACAAGGACACGAAGCUCAAUGUGAAAUAAUACCACGAGCAGAGGCCAUCACAGGGUGGCCUCAGAAUGGCGCUAAUAAACUGUCCUUAAACUCAGAAAGUGAAACUUGUGUUGUAGGGGUGAAUAACAUUUGGGAGGGAAAGGCUGGUGAGUUUCAGAAAGUGAGACACGGGAAGCAUUUUUUUUUGAACCUGCACAUUUAAAGGAUAUCUCGGAAGAAGGAAACAACAAGCCACUUCCACAACUCUGUCAGAAGACCAAAUAAUCCCAUUGUCUAUUCCUACUUUAUGUCUCCUACAAUACUUGAAAUAUCUUCAACUGGAAAGCCAAUGGGAGGCUAAUGCAAUGAUUUUUUCUUAUUGAAUGGAGGCUCCUUUAGAAGAAAUGUUCAAUAUUCUAACCUCCCUUGCUUGCAACUGGUCAGUCGCAAUUGGUCAAGUGUGAUCAAAAAUUCUUGGACCAACUGGAUUUAAUUUGGAUGGAAAGGAAUGACCCAUCUUCAUUGAGCCAGACUUGAGACUUUGUGCAUCUAAUCUCUUUUUCCAUAUCCCACACCAAUAUAAGAGAGCUGCUGCUCUUGACGGAGGCAACAUGGCCAACAUGUAUUUUGCUGUAAGCUCUGUUUAUUUCCAAUUGUCUCAGGGCAAAUAAUUAUAGUGGAAAGUAUUCACAUUGGAUGUUUGGAAGAAUAGUCAGGUCAGCAGAAUGGGGAUUUCAUUCUAAUCUGGAAAAUACCACAUUCCUCUGGGGUUGUGUUUGAGUUUGUUGAAGGUGGCCUCCAGGGUAAAACGCCUGUCUUCUGAUCAUCCAUUGCGCAGAGAUUCCUUAAGAGUGAAGAUGUGAUGGAAUGCAAGGUUUAGGUCUAUGUGGAGCUCCCAUUCUGCUUUUGUUAAACCUUGUCAUCUAAUGUUAUGGAAAAGAGUUUUUCUUCCCCGGAGAAGAAAAUGCUAGUCAAAUUCUCCUAGGAAAUGAAUACAGGGUGCUUUCAUUUAACUCAGUUAUCAAUUGGCCGGGGAUGUGUUUUGUCUUUCAAUAAGUACAGUCAUUGUAUUUUCAGUGGACUUUGAGUGGUUUAGGGAACCACUUAAAGAAAGACAUACAAUAGAAACGGCAGUCCAGUUUCUAUUGCAUUUCUUUCAAGUGGUCCCCUCCAGCUCUCUAAUUAGUCUCAAAUCACAGUGGAAGGCCUCAUGAGGGGAAUUUCAUAUUAGGAUUUUUUUCCAGAUUAGAGAGUGAAGUCAACCAAGGAAGCUGCAGAAGGAUCAAAAGGACAGUGUUUGGUGAAGUUCAGAAGAGAAUAAGUUCAACAAUGCCAAGUCAAAUUGGAAAGUUUUUCAGCCAAAUAAUAAAUAUCAUGAACUCUACUAGCAAAGUUUAUGUCAUAACAACACUGAUAGGCUUUAGAUCAGAGGUAUCCAAACUUUAGCAGCUUUAAGAUCUGUUAACUUCAAAUCCCAGAAUCCCCUAGCCUGCUAUGGAAGAAUUCUGGGAAUUGAAGUGCACAAGUCUUAAAAGUUGCCAAGGUUGGACACCCCUGCUUUAGAUUAAUACGAAGCUCUGGAUAGUUUGUGUAAUGUUUACCAUUUUGUAUGUAGAAGAACUUGCUGGUGAUGAAAUCUUGUGAUGUACUUAGUUCCAUUCGUGUAACAAGUAAAGACUCACCAUGAAUUUUA